UGUGUAUAUUGUAUAUACCAUGCUUGGGGAUGUCUGCAUUUAUGUUGUUGGAAAGGAUGAAUAUGAUGAACUGGCUUUGACGGAAGUGAUCAAUGUGAUAAUAUCAUCGGUGAAGGAUGCAUGUCAGAAAACUCCAACCGAACGCCUCUUCCUCGACAAGUAUGGGAAGGUUUGCCUAUGUCUGGAUGAAAUUGUUUGGAAGGGGAUGCUGGAGAAUACAGACAAGAGUAGGAUCCGACGUCUAAUAAGGUUGAAACCUCCAACAGAUUUCUGAUCUUGAGGCUGCUUGCUAUUCUAUAGUUUGUUAGGUUCCACGAUUGAAAUCAUGUGAUUCUUUUUUCUAUGUUUCUUCUGUUGUUAUUUAUUGCUUUUUAAGUAAUUGUAAUGCGAGAUCAUGUUCAGACAGUUUUCUGAGGUUGGUGAAUAAUAAUAUUCCUGUUGUUGUAAUAACAACCUCAUGGGAUU